GGGAGACCAGCGAGUAGAGGGCCCCUGGAGGGAGCCGCCGAGGUUGAGGUCCCGGAGGCCGGGCUACGCCAAGACCUGCGCGUGAGCAGCUUCGGAGGCGGCAGCAUCCAGCGGCGGUGCCAAUAGUUCCAGCCCGUUGCUUUACUUUUAAGCUGCACGAAUACAGUCAUUAUGCCGAAGAGAAAGUCUCCAGAGAAUACAGAGGGGAAGGAUGGAUCCAAAGUAACUAAACAGGAGCCCACCAGACGGUCUGCCAGGUUGUCAGCGAAACCUGCUCCCCCCAAACCUGAACCUAAACCAAGAAAAACAUCUGCUAAGAAAGAACCGGCAGCAAAGGUUAGCAAAGGUGUUAAAGGGAAGAAGGAGGAGAAGCAGGAAGCUUCUGGAAAGGAAGGUACCGCAGCACCGUCUGAAAAUGGGGACACUAAAGCUGAAGAGAUCCACAUCUCUCGCUCAACUGUUAGUGUCUCAGCCUCCAGAGGUACCCCACCCAGCACACUGUCAGUAAAGGGGCAGAUUGAAACAGUGAGAGUUAAGGGCACAGAAAACUGAAUCUGUAGCUAACGAGGGAGAAUGAAUGGUCAUGAAAAUUGGGGUUGAUUUUAUGUACCUCUUGGGACAACUUUUAAAAGCUAUUUUUACCGAGUAUUUUGUAAAUGCUAAUUUUUUAGGACUCUACUAGUUGGCAUACAAAAAUAUAUAAGGAUGGACAUUUUACCUUCUCAUAGUCGUGCUUUUUGGAAAUUUCCAUCAUCCUUGAGUAAAAUAAAUACCAGUUUAAUAUUGGGAGCUGUCUGUAAAAUUGAUUUCAGUAUUCUAUGCACUCGCUUUAAAAAUUUAGUCCUGUGCAUCCUGUGGUGCUUUUACUGUGCGUAUUUGGAUUUUUUCAUGCCGUUUUUCUAGAGCAAUAAUCAGUGGUGCUUUUGUACCUAGGUUUUAUGUGAUUUUAAUGAAACAUGGAUAGUUGUGGCCACCUGCUGAUUAUUUGUGGUUUAAAAUAAAAGGUUUUCCUGCCUGCAAAA